CACCCUUUACGGAGGACACAGUACUCUCACGCUGCAAGUGGAGGUGGAUCAGGUGUGAACCUUGUAAAGUGAGCUGCAGUUUGCUUUAGAUCUUGUCGCUAAUCGGACAGACUAAAGAUGCAUUUUAAUGGAGGCUUUGAAGAAAUUCUUUGGGAUCUCUGAUGCUGAGAGUCAGAAGAAAUGGCUAGAACGUCAGGAAUAUUAUCUGAGAAAGAGACUGAAGCCAAGAGCAACAGUCGGGGAGCAAGCAGACCAACUAGUUGAUCGUCGAGUGAGUGGUGCUGCUGUGAUUGGACAGGACAAGAGUCUUGCUUCGGGUGACAUCGAGAUGGGAGCACUUCUUGCUAGCUCUGCAAGGUCACCGACACGGAUCAGUUCAAGCGUGGAGGCAGCUGCAGAGGAGAAACCAGUUUCGAAAACAGGCAGAGCAUUGAAAAUGAUAAAAGAAAGCGAACCUGAUCAUCGUCUUAUGCCAGCGAUGCCCUCUGUACUAGAAAUGGUUGUGAGUGGAGUGAAGUCUCUACUACAGACAUCUCCAGCAAAAGUAGAAGAAGCACCUCCAGUUUUGAAUGCUAGAAGCUUUCGUCCUGGUGAUGAUUGGGAUAAUGAUAUAUCGGAUGUAUCAGACAACGAUGAUGGCCAGUGUUUCUACCAAGCUGAGGAACAUAGUGAUGUCACUGAUGGUCCACCUGGUAUAAUGCCAUCAAUUGUUGAAGAAACACAACCACUAACUUCAACCAGAGCAUUGCAAUCUGAUAUUACUCCUCUCCACAUAGACACAACAGAUGGACGGCAGACAAGUGAUGAAUAUCGUCGCGCCAUUAGUGGUUAUUCUAGAGGCCCUAGACAACGACAUGCACGUAAACGUCUUCGUUAUCAACAUGAAUCAACUGAUAACAGAUUUGGUGUUGGUGUGGAUCGGUUUGAGAAGUGGUUUCAAAGUGACUACAAGAGAAAGGUGCAUAGAAAAAAGUACAAAGAAGAAGAUAUUAAGAACAGCAACAGACACAGGCGAAAUAGACUGUACUUUACUUCGUGGCUCAUCACAGUCCAAGUUGUGAUUAUGAUUGUUACACUUGCUGUUUAUGACAUAGCUCCUUAUGGUUUUGAUUUCAAAGAAGAAAGAGCUCAGGUUUUGACGACCAGUUUGGCCAUUGAAACAAGAAGUCAUCACGUGGAACAGAACCCAUGGGGUGGACCUAGUUACGAAGAUUUGAUCCAUUUGGGAGCAAAAUAUGGGCCAUGCAUGCGUCGUGACAAGAAAAUCUUUGAAAGGAUUACUAAAGAGAGAGAACAUGAAAGGGACAACACAGCAUGUUGUGUGCGACUUGAUGGAUCUGGUUGUGUCCAACUGACGAAAAUUGAAUGUGACAGGGGUGUAUAUACAACUUGGCUCAAGUGGAAUCGCACAGACAUAAAUGGAGUUGUUAGAUCAUCGGGUUCAGUUUGUGGCCAAGAUCCUCGGGAUUGUCAGCAGCCAGAGUCGACUGGAGCACAAGUUUGGGUUGAUGAUAUUACACAAUGGCCAAUAUGUCGAGAACGUGGUGGGAAUGACUCGCAGUAUUUGAACAUGCGUUACGAAGUAACAGGGAGGCCAUGCUGCAUUGGCAUUCAGGGUGAGUGUGUUAUGGCUUCCAAGGAAGAGUGCAGCUUUCUAGAUGGGUAUUAUCAUGAAAACUACACAUUGUGCUCGCAGGUGCAUUGCAUGAAGAGUAUUUGUGGCUUAAGUGAUUUUCUGGAUCCUGAAUCACCAAACCAAUGGUAUCGAAUAUUCACAUCUCUCUUUCUUCAUGUCGGUUUGAUACAUUGUCUUGUAUCUGUUAUUUUUGAACUUCUGGUGCUUCCCCACUUUGAAAGAGUUGCUGGAUGGUUCAGGAUUACAAUGAUUUUCAUGCUGAGUGGCAUUGGUGGAAACAUCGUCAGUGCAUAUUUUACACCAUACCAACCAGAAGUGGGACCAUCUGGUGCUCUCUUUGGUCUCCUGGCUGCCGUCGUAAUCGAAGUUGUCCAAAAGUGGAAAGACUGGGAAAAACCAAUAUGGGAAUUGGGGAAAUGGCUGAGCAUCGUUACAAUCCUUCUUCUUGUGGGUUUAUUGCCAUAUGUUGACAACUUUGCACAUUUUGCUGGUUUUAUUUUUGGUCUUCUGUUGUCUGUUGUCUUUCUGCCGUAUGUUUCAAGAAAGGGGGUUCAAACUGAAGAGGAGCUUGAUGAACGGAAGAGAAUGAAGUUGAUCAUGAUUGCUGUUGGCGGAUCCAUUUUUCUGUUUCUCUUCAUCUUAUUCUUCUUGCUGUUCUACCUGGAUGAUGACUUUGACUGCACUGGUUGCAAAUACUUCAGCUGUGUUCCUGCGACCGACACGUUUUGUCUUGAUCUCGAUAGCAACCUGAGACCGAGACAAUCUGAUCUGAUUGGACUGUAGCAUACCAGCUCACAAACUGCAGAGUUUUGUUUUUCAUAUUUGCGAUGUUGUUUGCAACUGAUUAGGAUGUGUAAGGUUUUUACCCUGUAAUGAUGACAUCAUUACUGUUUCAGCAAAGAAUUCAUUCCGCGGUUUGUUUUCAUAAUCUAGCUUGAAGUGCGUGCUCUAGCUGUAAUGUAUAAAUGUACUCACAUUUACUUUUGUGUAUGCUGGUUAGU